UAUGCGGUGAAAGAUUUGCUUUCUGUUAUGUAAAUUUCAACAGAGUUGCUGUGGUCUGUAAUCACAGAUGCUGAGGAAAACGUUAUUCUUUCUAGUGUUUUGAGGGCAAAACCGCUAAAUCCUUGCAAUUCAACUUUAUAGUGUUGUCAAGUUUAGCUUGAAAAUAAACGAAAGAUUUCAGCGCCUUGCUGAUUGGUGAUGAAGAUGCAGUUGACGUGACUACUGCUCUUCUUCAGGACACCCUUCUGAGGUUUGGCAGUGCUACUAUCAUGAAGAGCCCGCUGCAGACUGCCACAGCACUCCUAGAUAUUUACAGCUUCCACUUCAUGUUCGUGCACCUGAGCUCGACACAGCCUCUGUCGGAUCUGAAAAGUCUCCAGGUUAUUAGGAACAACCAAAGUAAGAGGUCAGAGAAAGUAAUCUGUAUUGUAAUUAUUCCAGAGAUACACUUUGAAAAGGACCUCAUAGGCAGUGUUGCAGACUUUAUCUUCACCAAGCCAUUGACACUGCAUAAUAUAGAGAUGGUUCUUAAAGGAUGUGACUUCAUGUGUCAGAGAAACAAGAAAGACAGUAACUCCAAUCCAAACCCAGGUUCAGAUGUGUGGGCUGUACAGAAACAACAGGAACCUGCCAACUCUCAGUGGGACUUAGGGCCCUCCAUCCAAAAAAGUGAUGCGUUAAGCUUAGAGCCCCCUGACCAGCCUGAUACCGGUGAAGCUCAGUCUCUGUCAAGUUCAUCAUCUCAGAAGACCAGUUGUACAAAUGAGGCUUUUCUUCAUUCCAGGAAGGAACAGAAAAGAAGGUUACAGAUUAAAAAGUGCUGUAACCAUCUGCGUGACCUGCUGCCAUUUUUGACAAAGAAGCGGGUUGACACGGCUUCUGUCCUUGAAAUGACUGUCAAGUACAUUAAGUACCUUCAGUGCCGGGUGCCAGAAGAAACUUUGUCAAAGGUAAUUAAAGCCCUGGAAGAAAAGAUAAUGAGGCAAUGGUAUAAACCAGUGAAAUUGCCCACAAAAAGGAAAUAUAUAAAGAAGAAGAAUCAGACUUCAGAGCCUGCCCUAGCCACUGAAAAGCAGAUUGAUGAAGACCUGAUAGAUAAUUUCAUUGCAGCUAAUGUUUUGGGCAGAUGCAUUCAGCCUGCGUUGCAAAAACCAUCCAAUCCUUGUGUGGCCAUUUACCCGCCUGUUGCCCCAGUCAUGGUUUCCAGCUCCAGCUCUUGCACAGCUGUUUCACAAGAAGGCUUUCCAACCCAUCAGCCACCUGGGAUGUUUAUGGCUUCAGACCCAUCUUUAUCCUAUUUACCAAGCUUCAGUUCCUGCACAAAUUUGCAUAACCCUUACACACUGGAGCAGAGUUCUGGACCUGGAGUCCCCCAGUCUUCUUACUGGCCCGUUGAGUACCCUCUGGGCUGCUAUGAGAACUCAGGUCUCCCCUUCGCCAAUGACAGCAUGGCUGUUUAUACUCCACAACCUUCUCUCACGGAGUCCACAGGGCCUCCUCAGCCUUACAGAUUCCAGCUUCUGGCAAUAAAUUCCAGCAGUCAGCAGCCAGCCGGGAGCACAGGCAUGAGUCCUUUUCAACAGUACUGCAAUGGAGCCACGACUUUCCAGGACAACUGAAAUUGGAAAGAAGUGUUGAAGAGAGUAACUGGAAAAAUAACCUGUAAUCUAACUCGGAAUGCCAUUACAAUACAAUCUAGUUAUAUGGUAUGGGAAAAACCUGUCCAUACAGUCUGCCAUUUUAUUUGUAUUGUAACAUUUUUGUUUAUGUAUCCUCUGCAGUAAGAAAAAAAAGAAGAAAUAGUACAUUGUUAGUUUUCCAAAUGAGACUUGUUGAAAAGCAGAACUCAAGAUAUGUGCUUAUUCUCAUUACUUAUCUGUUUCUUCCUAGCUUUUAUUAUGUUUUCCCUUUAUUUAUGAAUUUUUAUGUAUUCAUAUAUAGUAUAUG